AUGGCGCCUAUCCGCACCGCAGCCAUUCGUCGUCCGGCUUUGACAAAUGUUGACGAAAUAGGGCCAACCAUCACGAAUGUCGAGCCGUUGUCUUCUUAUAACUGGAUCGAAUCGCCUGUCCCCACUAUUGCUGUCCCCGGUUGCCCUCCUCUGUGGUCUCCAUCCAAGACCGACAAGAAGGUGGCCAAAGACUCUGGACUCAUCUAUAUCGCUCAAAACGCUGUUCGCCAUCCUGAAAGUCCGUUAGAGCCACUCUUUCGCUCGUUGUACAUCGAAAAUCCUUCAUACAACAUAAACCCAGUUGACCUAAUAACCGAUCGAAACAACGUUCGCAAACUUCUAUCAUUCAUCAAUCCAAGUCUUUCCAAAAAUGGACGCGAACCUUUCGCUAUCGAUGUUGAGGUGAGGAACAAUACAGCCAUUUUUUGUCGGGUGGAAACCGAGACAUAUACGUUCAUCGGACCAAACGAUUUCAGGGGUUAUGGUCAUGAGUUUGAGAAGACAUUCACCACUACUCAGGUCUCCGGUAGUACGGGACAUCAUGGGAUCAUCUCAUACAACUUCGGCGGUUUGAAAAUAAUAGUACGCUACGAAGCCGACGCGUUUAUUGAUGGACUUCCAAAACAUCAACCAUCCAGCGUGGAAUCAGGCGAUGGGGAUUUGCUAAGCUCGAUGAAAACCCUGUCUCUUUCGCCAAUCGAAAGCCGCUCUCGUUCCACCGGGUCCAAACUAGCUAUCAAAGAGCAAGGCAAACGGGUACCAAUUCAGUCAACUCUUGAAAUCAAAACACGUGUGUUCCGUAGGCAUAUCAGAAUGGGAGAAGUCCUUCCACAGCUAUGGGUGUCGCAAACACCCAAUCUCGUCCGUGCCUACCACAGAGAUGGCGUAUUUGGACCACCAAAAGUCGAAGAUGUCACUCGCGAGCUGGCUAAGUGGGAAGAGGGGCAUUCUAGUGAUCUUCGGGCGUUGGUAAUACUGAUUAAGGAAAUCAUUAGAGCGGUGAGAGAAAAUGGGCGGAACGCCGUUAUCAAAUAUGACGGCCGAAGUGAUACCCUUGGAGUUUGGAUGAGGAGUGGAAGCAGGAUGUUGCCGGAUGAUCUUUAUUCGAAAUUUGACAAUAAAAUGGAGUCGACUCAGGCACCUGAAUCGGAGGAUCGAAAAAUAACAAUCAAAAUCGGGGAUGCUUUCUACAACAUUGACAUCUCGAGGAUGCCAUAUUUCUCGACCUUCGUUAGCUCUCAACGUCUUACCCAGCCGCAAAACACUAAUCUCAUCCACCAGGAUAUUCCUUUGUUUGAUGUCGCUCUCAAGGGUUUGGAGUCUGGCUACCGGCAAUGUUUUCGCUCUUUGAGAGGCGGUAUCGCCCAGUAUCAUAUUCUCUGUGAGACUUAUGAUUUCCUAGGGGUCGACGUACUGGCAGGGCAAUCAGUCAAUGGUAUUUUUGCCGAUUUGAGGGCCUGCAAAAUCGACUACGAACUCGAGUAUGAGUGUUAUCGAGCCGGGAGGGGUGAUAAAUCCAGAGCACGAGACGCAGCAUUUCGACUUUUAUUCCUGAUAAUACGUGGCGAAUUCAGUGAUGGAGAGAGAUAUUCUGCCAAGGUUUACAACGCCGUGAUAUUCGUUGUCUCACAUUCCGGUACCUUCAGACAGAGCACGCGGACUGCGGUGCGAGCGGUUUUCGAGGAACGAUUUGUAGUGUCAACUAAGCAAAAGAGGCAAUUGGAUCGGUGGGUAGAGGGGGAUACUAUCCACCCAUCGGGUGAUGAGAACACAACCGAAGAUGAGAUUUCUGAGCAAUACUUUUCUGAUGAGUCUUAG